CUGAACUUAAAGUCUCCAAGUACAGAUAGAUAGAGAGAUGCUCUCUACGACCCUCUUUCCUUUCUCAUUUACUCAUUUCCCAACGAAUAUGGCCAAAUCCCUCUUCUCAACCACCUUCUCUCCAAGCAUUUAGUCUGAAAUGAGCGGGUCGUCGGUGGGCAACGGAGGCCUCGCGCCGCCUUUCACAGUUGCGCAGUGGGCGGAGAUGGAACAUCAAGCUUUGAUAUUCAAAUAUCUCAAAGCUGGGCUGCCUGUUCCUCCUGACCUCCUUGGUCCCAUUCGCACCAGUUUCAACCUCAUCUCUUCCAAUUUCUUGCGCCACCAUCCCACCUUGGGUUAUACAUCCUAUUGCGGUAAGAAAAUAGACCCGGAGCCAGGGCGUUGCCGGAGGACAGAUGGCAAGAAGUGGAGGUGCUCCAAAGAUGCACAUCCAGACUCCAAGUAUUGUGAGCGGCACAUGAAUCGUGGUCGCUAUCGUUCAAGAAAGCUUGUGGAAUCACAAACUACCUCUCAGUCUUCAUCAACUGUGACGUCAGACAGUGUGAUUGGGAGCUCUAGCCACAGUGGGAGCUUCCAAAACAUGCCCUUGCAUUCAAUGGUAAAUAGUGGUGGUCUUUGCUUUGGAAGUAAUGUAUCUCAGUUGAAGAUGGAGCCUAUACCCUAUGGGAUAGGUAACAGUGGAAACAGGGGCCGCAAUGGAGCAGAAGAGCACAAUUUCAUGUCAGAACCUUCUGGGAGUGUGAGGUGUCUUGGGAUGGACAGUACUGUAGACAGUCCAUGGCAUCUUAUGGUGCCUCGAGUUUCCUUGAAAUCGGAAUCAAAAAAUUGUUCUCUUUUGCUAAACAACAGCUCCCAGCUACAGACAUUGCAACAUACUGAACCAUUGACUGUUGAUGCUGCCAUCACUAAACAGCAGCAACAUCAGUAUGUCGGUGGACAGUUUGGCUUUCCAGGAUCUCUAAAACACGAACAGAAUUCGCUUCAGCCUUUCUUCGAUGAGUGGCCUAAGUCAAGGGAUCUUGGUUCCCAUCUAAGUGAUCAUAGAUCCACCAAUACCUUAACUGCAACUCAACUGUCAAUGUCUAAUGCAAUGGCCCCCUCCAAAUUCUUCGCAAGGAGUGCUGACUCACCUACUGAUGCCUAUACUUGAACCUGUGAGUUGUAUACGCAUUCCGUUGUAUCAGUGUACUCGGUGCAGUUCCCGCUUCCCAUGUAACUUUAACUCUUAUUUGACACGCUACUGCUGGGCUUUCGUAUGUUUGUAUUUCCACUUGACCGUUAUGGAUAAGAUAAUGAGUUUUAGACGUGCUGGAGCAUGAUUAUAUGUCUAGUUCUUGCUUCCCAGCAAUGAAACUGUAUUAAACAAAUGUUGUUGCCCUUUGUUUUUAUGUUUUUUGUAUUUGCACCUGUCACCCAGUUAUGAAUGUGGCUUUUAUGGCUUUUGUAUGA